AUGAGCGCUACAGUAAACGACCUUCAGGCUCAGGUCGACAGACUUCAUCACAACCUACAGACCGUCACAGUCCAGCAUGAGCUAGCAACACAAGAAGGAGAUCUCAUCACUGUUUCCGAUUACCUCCUGACGAGAUUGGAACAACUUGGCGUCACUUCUAUCUUUGGUGUUCCCGGAGACUUCAACAUGCGUAACGGCAACCAGGAUUACAUCGAAGACCACCCCAGAAUCCAAUGGGUUGGAAAUUGCAACGAGCUUAAUGCUGCGUAUGCGGCCGACGGUUACGCCAGAAUCAAACAACAUAGUGUAGGGGUUGUCGUUACAACCUUCGGUGUUGGUGAAUUAAGCGCCAUCAAUGGCAUAGCAGGAGCAUUCUCCGAAAUGGUUCCUGUGGUACACAUUGUCGGUGUCCCAAGCACCCUGCAGUUGAAGACUCGGCCAUUACUUCACCAUACGCUUGGAGAUGGCAGGUUUGAAGCAUAUAUGAAGGCUGCCCAGCAAGUCACACUCGCCCAAGCGUCGUUGAUGAUGAAGGUCAAUGCACCAGCAGAAAUUGACCGAGUUCUCACUGAGUGUAUAACUCGCUCUCGUCCUGUCUACCUUACCAUACCAUUCGAUCUCGUAGGAGAGAAGAUUCCAGCAAAACGUCUCACGGUGCCGCUUCUGCGUAGCCCCCCGCUAAAUGAUCCCGAGGUGGAGGCGUACGUCAUAGACUCGAUCGUUAAACGUAUCGAAGAAGCAGGUCAGGAUGUUAUCAUUCUUGUCGAUGCUUGUACCAUUCGUUAUGGAGUCCGCGAAGAGGUCCUGGACCUAGUUAACAAGACUGGUUUCCCUGUAUUCGCAGCGCCAAUGGGCAAAACUGCCGUCAGCGAACAACACGAGUGCUAUGGGGGCAUCUACAUGGGGUCUCUGACUGAUCCGGGAAUUAAAGAUAGGAUUGAGAAGGCCAAAUUGAUACUCUCUAUCGGCGCUCUGAAGUCGGACUUCAACACGGGCAUGUUUACCUACAGUAUUCCGCCAACCCAUACUGUCGAGUUGCAUUCCGACCACACACUUGUGCGCUACGCGCAAUUUCCGGGGAUUGGGAUGAAACUUCUGCUCCCGAAACUCACAGCUCGAUUAAAAGAAUAUCGCAAGGGCGCUGAUCGAGUGAUAGUGCCGCAUUAUAAACUGGUGAUCCCGCAAGAGGCUGACACAAGAAUUUCACAUGCUUAUCUUUGGCCCCGCGUUGGGCAGUUCUUUAAGGAGAAAGAUAUCAUCAUUGCUGAGACUGGUACUUCAAGCUUUGGUCUCUUUGAUAUUCCACUGCCCGACAACGCCAUUUUCCUAAGCCAGGUCUUGUAUGGCAGCAUCGGUUGGACCGUUGGUAGCCUCCUCGGCGCUGCUAUCGCUGCUCGUGAUCUCAAGUUGGGCCGAGUUAUCCUGUUUGUGGGGGAUGGCAGUCUGCAACUUACCGCCCAGGAGCUGUCAACCAUGAUCCGCUACGGGGUCACGCCCAUCAUCUUCGUUAUCAACAACGAGGGCUAUAAUGUAGAGAGGCGUCUCCAUGGAAUGUAUAGGUACUACAAUGACAUUGCUACAUGGAAAUACACUUCUCUUCUGACGACUUUCGGAGACAUCGACGGCACCGCUUCCAGGUCUUUCACUGUUCGCGAUAAAGCUAGUCUCAACAGACUCCUGGAGGACCCUGAAUUUGCAAAGGCCGACAAGAUUCAACUCGUCGAGGUCAUCAUGGAUAAAUAUGACACGCCUCGCGCGCUGGAGGCAGGGUCUGCCCUGUCCAUGUUGUCUACCCAGAAAUCUUCGCAGUAA